AUGGACACAGAGUCUGACACUAUGGGGAGGCAGGGCUCCUGUGUAAAGUGUGAACAUGUGUUUGUGCUGUGUGUCUCUCAGAGGAUUCGCUCCACUGUGGAUGAGAAGGAGCAGAAGCAGCUGCUGAUGGAUCUGGACGUGGUGAUGAGGAGUAGUGACUGUCCCUACAUCGUUCAGUUCUACGGCGCUCUCUUCAGAGAGGGGGACUGUUGGAUUUGUAUGGAACUUAUGUCUACCUCAUUAGACAAAUUCUACAAAUAUGUAUAUUGUGCGUUAGAUGACGUCAUUCCAGAGGAAAUAUUAGGCAAAAUAACAUUAGCGACCGUUAAAGCACUGAACCACUUAAAAGAAAACUUGAAAAUAAUUCACCGAGACAUCAAACCUUCCAACAUUCUCAUGGACCGAAGGGGAAAUAUCAAGCUGUGUGAUUUUGGCAUUAGCGGUCAGCUGGUGGACUCCAUAGCCAAGACCAGAGAUGCAGGCUGCAGGCCUUACAUGGCGCCUGAAAGGAUAGACCCCAGUGCUUCCAGACAAGGCUACGAUGUCCGCUCUGAUGUGUGGAGUUUGGGGAUCACCCUGUAUGAGCUGGCCACAGGACGGUUCCCUUACCCCAAGUGGAAUAGUGUUUUCGAUCAGCUGACACAAGUGGUGAAGGGUGAGCCCCCCCAGCUCAGCAACUCAGAGGAGAGGCAGUUCUCCCCCAAGUUCAUCAACUUUGUUAACCUCUGCCUUACAAAGGAUGAAUCAAAAAGGCCAAAGUACAAGGAGCUGCUGGGGAGGGCGGGGGGUGGCGAGAUCCCCCAACAUGCAGUGGGUGGGACACUAAGCUUUGUGAUGCAACGCUUGACAUCUUAGCCCUCAGAGUUAACGUAGGAUCACUUGUUUAUUCAUGCGUUCCAAAGAACAAGGGAACUAAGUCCAAAUUGCCCGGUGCAAUGAGAUGAUAUUGUUAAACCCUUCCACCUCCCAUCACCUCAUUUUAAAGUCGGUGAAAUCAAAAAUAUUAUCACCCAUUUUCACCCAGAAAAACUUGAAGACAUAACAUUGUCUUAGUUAAAUGCAAUGCAUCUUUUUAUGUGAGGUAAAAGAAAUAGAGUAUACAUAUAUGGUAUAUAUAUACUUGAACUCGUACACAAAUACAGAAUCUACCAAAUAAAAUGUUGAACAGUGACACUCAUGAUGUAUGAACAAAAAUAGCCACAUAUUGGAUUGUACAUUGUGGACUGUAUGUAUGCAUAUGUGUGUUCACCUCUGAAAUGUUGACAUGUACAGAUGUAUGCAGAUAGACCUACUGUCUAAACACACACACACACACACACACACACACACUCUUUUCAAGCAGUUUGUUGUGGGCACCGUCACUCAUGGUAAAUGACUGAGUAUGCAAAAAGUGUUUUCUCUCUGGAAAGCUCAUGGAUUCGGUAGCGUGGCUUUACUUUUUCCCCCCAAUAUGCAAUAUGAGAGUUUGUCUUGACACAUUAUUAGGACAUAUACAUUUCUCACAUUCAACGUUGGCCCCAGUUUGUACACUUACAUUGGAGUCACGGAAAGACCAUGAUAUCAUCUAACAAGGCUGAUGGCAGUUUUUUGGUAUUUGCAGAAUCGCUUUAAGCCUCCUCUAUCUAUCUGGAUCAAACUAUAUUUUGUGUACUGCACAGUAAAAAGAGAGUGUUUCCCAGCACACUGUUUCCUAAUCCAAAAAAAUAAUUGUUUUUGGAAAUGUAGGGUUAAGGAUUGUUAGCAUUGUAUCAAAAUGGAAUCUUUUUGAAUGUUCUGAUAAUGUUUUGCUUUCAGUAUUUGCAAGUAACUAAAGGUGUAAAUAAGUAAACUAACUCAAAGAUCAUUUGUUGGCUGAGAAAGCAAGGUAGGGCUGCACGCCCCAUGUAGGCUGAGCAGGUUCCAUUCCAAGCCCCCCCUUCCCUGUCUCUCGUCAUCUGUUCUAUCAAAAUAAAGGCACAAAAGCCCCAAAAAUGUCUUAAAAAAACAGAAAGCAAGGUAUUUGGCUUAGUACAGACUCUAGCUGAAAGCGCAUUAACCAGAUAUAAGCCAAACUGUUGACUUUAAUUAGCAUUAAGUAGCUAGAGCUAAAUGAAUCUGUUGCUGGUGGUGUUUGUAGUCUUAACCAGCCAGAAUGAGGAUGAGCACAGCUAAAAAUGAAAAAGCUUACUACCUAAAUGUUUUCUGUAUUACUCUUUGCUAAUAUAAAAGAGGAAGGAGAGAGAAAUGGUUUCAGUAAAAGAUUUGUUAGCGUUGAGUUAAUCUGGAUGUUUUGCUAGCUGUGGCACCCAACCAGAAUUGAAACCAGAAAUGACGUAUCAACAAUUUUGUACAGCAUAAAACUAACAUUACAUAUACAGUGUGUCUGAUAGUAAAACAAUUGAAUGUUGCUUUAUGUUGUACAAAAUAAAGCACAGAGGUAUGUUAUUUCUGGCUAUCAUUUGCAUCUUUCUUUGGAUUAGGAAAUAAAGUUGCAAAUUGGGAAGCGGGUUAAAAAUCUUUAUUUUAUGGACAGAAUAUUUUAGAAUCCAGGCGGACAAAAGAGUCUUUGAAUAUUCUAAGAAAACCAUUUGAUCUAUAGCAAAUGUUGUUAAAUGAUCCUCUGGGUUUUUUUGGAGGUUAUCUGUGAUUUAUCCAGAAAAACAGAUUAGUUUAGCUCUGUGACUCAGACGUCAAUACGUAAUAUGCACAAACUGAGGCUAAUUAAAUGCUACAUUGCCUGAUGUGAAGUUACUUUAGGACAUCACGUCCACCGAUGUAAAUGUGUAUGUAUAUAGUACAUCUAAUCUGCUGUUCCUGGCAGGGCCUGCUCCACCGUUACGGCUCAUUCCUAAACAGAGAAAAACAAAUCAAACUGUGAGCAGAAAAUGUGUCUGUACGUUUCAGUUUGAGAAUGAGCCCUGAUGCUCCUCCGCUGCCUGUCAUAGCACUGUACAGUUCAACCGCUCAUCCACACUGAUCACAGGUGCACCAUGCCGCCACACAGAGGCAAACAGUAGUAACUACAUUGUUCAAAGUCCUGGCAAGGGUUUCCUGUCGAGAAAAAGGACACCCGUCAAUGCUGCUAAAUGACAUAAUGUACCAACCACACAACUGUCAGGAGAGGAGGAUCAUCCUUCCUUACAGUUACUGCUCUUUGACCCUUACGGUCACCAUGGACUCAGCAUGUUCCUCCGUUACUCGGCAUGUCUCUGGCUUGCACUGAUGAUAGAAUGUUUCCCAUGCCAAACCAUGUGUUACACUCGGGAUGCAUCUCUAGUCUUAAACGCGUUCCCACGCCUGUGAUAUGAUACCGAUUACCACACCAGGCAGGUGAAGUGGAGGCCGCAACUUGAGACUAUUGAGAUCCAUUCGCCGUCAUUCCCUCACAGAAAGCCACGUCUACCAGGCGGUAGUUGGUGGACAAACCACACAACUCGGAGUUAGCUACUUAACCAAACUGUCUGUAUGGAUGGUGGUCCUUUAAGACUGGGACACUGUAGAGACUUGUAAUGUAACAAAUUGCCUUAAAGGAUAAGGAUGGCCUUAUUUAUAUUUUUCUUUUUUCUCAACAAAUCUCAUUAAUAUUGUGUUGAAUAGUGCCCGUCUUAUCCUUUAACCUAGCAAAUACUAAUAAUGUAAAGUAACUGAAUGUAACAUAGCGUAUACGAUAAUAAGCCAAGAGUAUGCAAUAAUCUAAGUCAACUGUUGACUGUCACAUGAUUCAAGGAUGGUAUUUUAUGUGUCAGAGUAUUACUAUUGUUAACUCUCAUAGCUUAAUGUGGAAAUCUUUAGACUGUUUUCAGCACUGACUGACAUUGUCACAUUUCAAGUUUUGAUUGUAUAUUUGGCUUUUUUUCCCACUGUAUGCUUUAUUACAUUUAGUUUCAUUGCAUUAAAGGAAUUGUCUUACUUAAAGGGUCACUCCAGCGAUUUUAGUAUUAUACUUUCAUAACAUUGGGAGUCUUGCAAGAGACUGAUUAAAAACAAAGAAGUCUAAAUGGAUGCAGCAGAGGCCAAGAUAUCCAGACUUUUAGUCAGUCAUAUGGGGAAGGCUCCAAAACCAAAAAGAAUAACCCUUAUGAAAUCAUUAGGUUGUUUUCUUAGACUUGACAAAGCUGUUCCAGAGCCACAGAGGACAUUUUAUGACUGAAUAGUACUCCUGAUGAUUGGUGACAUAUUUGUGUGUAAAAUUCGCUGGAGUGCCCCUUUUAUGUUUUAUUUACAAUUCCAUGAAAUGGGCCUCUACAGAUGUCAGCCAUGUUGGAAAAUGGCCACCAUCAUUGGGAUGCGUGGUGGAGUUUGGGGACAGACUUGUUGAAUACUUAUUCGGAAGGGGGUAAAACAUUACAACCAAGUUGGUGGAGAUGCAGUGUAGACCAGACAUGAUUCUCUCUACAGUUCAAAUGGAGAAUUGUGUCAGCUCUGUUGUUUCCAUUUCUAUCUGUAAUGCAAAAUGGUGCAAACCCCGGAGAGAGCCCACAGACUCAUGUGACCCAACAGACGGAGUCGUUUCACUGCAGUCUCCAGAUCUGUUCUUCUCUCAUGGGAAUCAUUUCCAGGAAGCUAAUUUACCACUGGUGAAUAUGAAUCUCCAGGGUACAUGUUGUAUAAAUUGCAAUUUACUAGAAUGUUCAUAUUAGAUUAUAAAAUAAUAUUAAGGGCGAUGAAUAUUGUAUCUUUAUCAACGGUUACAAAUAAAGUUCCCAUUGAAAAGAUUAAAA